AUGGCAACAUUUGCUACCGACAAAGAUUUGAGUAUACAUGUUCAAAAAGACGUUCAAUUAGGAGUUGAUAAUUUUUUCGCGACUACACGAACUCAAGAUAAGGUUGGACAGAAUGGACUUCCGUUGACACCUGCUACUACUGAAAUUGUUGGUAGAUUUCAGCUGUUGAAGGCAAGUAGUUUUCAUACACUUUUGCACCCUAAUUUAUGUGAUUAUGUUGAAAUCGUCAAAGGAAAACAUGAUCGAUUAUUUGUGAUUUUUGAAUAUCAUAAUGAUAAUUUCGGAAAAUUAUAUAGUCAACCCGAAGAUGAAGUCACAAAUAUUUCAAGUGUAUGCAUUGAUGAAAUACGAAAAUGGGCAUUUCAAAUUCUGAACGCGUUAAGUUACUUGAAUGAUAAUAAUAUUAUACAUCAUAAUUUGGCACCGCGUAAUAUAUUACUGGAUGCAAAGAGGAAUGUGAAAUUAGCAGAUUAUGGUUUUUUUUAUAUGACUGGUGAGGGUGCUGACGUUGAUUUUCCUAUUGGCUAUCCUCAUUAUUUACCUCCUGAAGCGAUUUAUAAAUUAGAAUCACCUUAUAGCAGUGGAAAGAUUGAUGUAUGGUCAAUAGGAGUGAUAUUUGCCGAGAUAUUUACAAAGUCUUUAUUUUGGGAAGGAAACGACAAAGAUAUUGAGAAAAUAUUCACGUCACUAUGGAAAUUACAAUCACUCGGGAAAAACGAUGAAAAUGGUGAUGACAGAAAUCAAGUAUGGGAUAGCUUCUCGGUGUGUCAACUUGGGAUCAACGAGGCAAUAGUGGAAUUUCUUCAGGGCUCCUCUUCUUCCGAAGAGGAGGAUCCAGAAUAUUUGGAAUUUCGGCAAUUUAUUCGGGCAUGUUUGGAAGUGAAUGUGUCGAAUAGAUGUACGCCGGAACAAUUAUUAUCCCACGAUUUUUUUAACCCAAUUCAUAAACAGCAUCAACAACAAUCUAUUGUUAAUAAGUCAGGCGGUGACGUAGAGUCCGAGCUGGCUAAAAGAGGAUUACUACUUAGCACGCCUCCAAUCGAGCGAAUACCAAGAACCGUCAAAGUAUCCGACGGAAAAGAAGAAGGCACAUCAAAGGACACUGCUUUUCUCUUCUCAGAUACAAUUUAUACGCUGUCACUAAAAGAGCUACGACAACGACUAGAAGUGGCGACUGGACCAAAUAGAGAAUCAUUUGAAUGGGACACUGAUUAUUUCCUGGUGGUUGAUACUGAUGAUAUGAAUUUCUUGGUUGAUUCAAUGACUGAAGAUAAUAAUACCAAUUUUAAUAGUAGUAAUCAUAAUUCCGAUGAUAAGUUUGUUGAUCAACAUUUACCUUCUAAUAAUUCGUACAAAAAAGAUGUCGGCUAUCAAUUUCAGCGUGUUUCAUUGUUCAGCGAGUUACUCCGGGAAUAUCCUACGUCACGCGACGAUAUUAUGCAUCAUGCAAAGGUUGAUAUUCCACCUUUUCUUCGCGGGAAAAUAUGGGCUGCUAUACUGGGGGUGACGGGCGAUUAUCAGGCGGUGUAUGAUGCUUAUGAUAAAGAAUCUGAGAAGGAAAAUACAACGGAUCGUCAGAUUGAUGUUGAUGUACCAAGGUGUCAUCAAUACCAUCAACUAUUAUCCUCUCCCGUAGGCCACGAGAAACUAAGAAGACUCUUGAAAUGUUUUGUCACGGCAAACAAUAAAUCCUUAGUCUAUUGGCAAGGUCUCGAUUCAAUAUGUGCAACGUUUCUUACACAAAACUUUAACGAUGAAGCGUUAGCAUUCAAUUGUCUACAAAUGUUUAUCCCAAAAUUUCUCAAAAAUGUGUUUUUGUUUGACAAUUCAGCCGUGAUACAAGAAUAUCUUGCUGUGUUUCGGCAUCUUUUGUCAUUUCAUGAUCCGGAAUUAUCAAGUCAUCUAAACAGAAUCGGGUUUGUGCCCGAUUUAUACGCUAUUCCGUGGUUUCUGACGUUAUUCACACACGUAUUUCCGUUAGACAAAACAUACCACCUUUGGGAUAAGCUACUCGUCGGCCCCUCUUCACUUCCUCUAUUUGCCGGCAUCUCGAUACUGCGACAACUUCGUGAUGUGCUCCUCGCUUCGGAAUUCAAUGAUUGCAUCUCGAUGAUCUCGGAAUCGUUUCCCGAGGUUGAUAUCGAAAAGUGUAUUCAAUCCGCAUUGUCGAUGUGUAAAGUUACGCCACCGUCGGUUGUUUAUCGGGUGCAUGAUCCAAAUUCGCAACCGCACCAUCAGUCGAAAGAUGAAGAUUUUCAAGUUGCAGAUCAUCCUAAUCAUCAACGAUGGUGGGAACAACCGAUUCCUGUAGAAGUAAAAAAAGCUGAACUUGCUCCACGAAUAUCGCUCAAAGAUUUGGUGAAAUUAAAGAAUUAUGUGUUAGUUAUCGAUACACGUGGGGAGGACGAAUUCAACCGUGGUCAUUUCCCCCUAAGUUUCAACGUGAAUCCCGCUCAACUAGACCACGUUGCACCGACACUACGACAACAAAAGAAAAAGUAUCAUGUAGUAUUGGCCAAGCGCGGAGAUUCCGGACCACAGUUCGCAAACGACCUCGUGAACGCACGUUUUCCACGCGUAGCCGUCCUAACCGGCGGUAUCGAUGUAAUGCGCGUAGAUGCAGCGGAAGGAGUCCCAGUGUGCUCGUGUCGGACGGUGAAAAGCGGUUUGUCUGGCUCAAAAAAUAAAGAAGUCCCGAUCACGAUAUCAAAGUGUAAAAAGAAUUUAAUGAGACGGGAGUAG